ACUAUCCAGGUGACAAGGAUGGAAUACGCCAUGAAGUCCCUGAGCCUUCUCUACCCCAAGUCCUUCUCCAGGCAUGUGGCAGUGAGUACGUGCACCUCAAUGGUGACCCAGCAGCUAGUGACCGAGUCCAGCCUGGAGACCUCCAAGGCGCGGCCCUGCAGAAUUAGCACCGCUGACCGGAGUGUGCGGAAGGGCAUCAUGGCGCACAGUCUCAAGGACCUCCUGCGCAAGGUCCGGGACACCCUGAUGCUGGCAGACAAGCCCUUCUUCCUGGUACUGGAGGAAGAUGGUACGAUUGUAGACACAGAAGAGUAUUUCCAAACGCUGGCGGAUGACACGGUGUUCAUGGUCCUCCAGAAGGGGCAGAAAUGGCAGCCCCCAUCAGAGAAGAGUACUAGGUACCAACUCUCCCUCUCCCAUAAGCCCGCGAAGAAGAUUGAUGUGGCCCGUGUGACCUUUGACCUAUACAAGAUGAACCCACAGGACUUCAUUGGUUGCCUGAAUGUGAAGGCCACUCUGUACGGCACAUACUCCCUUUCCUAUGACCUGCACUGCUACCGGGCCAAGCGCAUCAUGAAGGAAGUUCUUCGUUGGGCCCUCUUCAGCAUGCAGGCCACAGGCCAUGUGCUGCUUGGCACCUCGUGUUAUAUGCAACAGUUCUUGGAUGCCACAGAGGGAGGGCAGUCCCCUGAGGGCAAGGCCCCAUCGCUUAUCCCGUCCUGUCUGAAGAUGCUGCAGUGAAGGCCCUAGUCCUUGGAGGCAUUCCUCAGCGACGGACUAGACGGGGCCCCAUGCUCAGCUAGUAGCACCUACCAGCCCGGCAGCUGGGCAGCUUCUUACCUUGCCACGCCUUCCUCACCCUCCCAGGACUACAAAGGAAGAAGCCCUCCCAAGGGAAAAGGCCAGAAAUCUGGGGUGGUCCGGGCAAAGGAGAACUGAGGGUUCCGGGCCUGCCCAGCGACUUCCUGUUCAGCGCAGGUUAGCCGAUCAAGACGGGUCACCGGCAGGCUAGGCAUGAGGUCUGCCCCUCAGCUACCGCUCUUCACAUGCUCUACUUUCAUGUCGCUCCCCACCUCCUGACCCCUCGGCCCUAACACUCCGGAGUGAACGGUCAAGUCCACUAGUGUAUAUUUCCU